CCGCGUUCAAGACACGGUGCGGGCAUUUUGAGUGGGUGGUUAUGCCUUUUGGCCUCACCAACGCCCCGGCGACGUUCCAGGCGGCGAUGACCAACGAGUUCCGUGCAAUGUUGGACCGGUUCGUGCUGGUCUACUUAGACGAUAUUCUCGUCUACAGCCGGUCAUUGGAGGAUCAUCUGGGGCACCUUCGACGAGUGUUGGAGACGCUCCGCCGCGCCAAGUACAAGGCCAACCGCGACAAGUGUGAAUUUGCCCGGCAGGAGCUGGAAUACUUGGGCCAUUUUGUCACAUUGGAGGGCAUCAGUCCGCUCUCGGACAAGAUUCAGGCCGUCCAGGAGUGGCCGGAGCCUCGGAACGUCACAGAAGUUCGCUCGUUCCUUGGUCUGACCGGCUACUAUCAGCGCUUCAUCGAAGGCUACUCCAAGAUCGCGGCCCACUUGAACAAGCUUCAGUGCGAGGAUCGUCCGUUUGACUUUGGAGAGGAGGCGCGGGGAUCAUUCCUCGCUCUCAAAGCCGCGCUAUUGUCUGCGGAGGUCUUGCGAAUCUACGACCCGCUCGCACCUACGCGUGUCACUACGGAUGCGUCAGGCUAUGGCAUUGGUGCAGUCCUCGAGCAACAUGAUGGUGUGGACUGGCACCCAGUCGAGUACUUCAUCAAGAAAGUGCCCCUCGUGCAUUCCAUCGACGAUGCACGCAAGAAGGAGUUCCUCGCCUUCGUCCACGCGCUCAAGCGGUGGCGGCACUUCCUCCUUGGUCGAAGCCAAUUUCGCUGGGUAACGGACAACAAUCCGUUGGUCUUCUACAAGACCCAGGACACCGUCAACAGCACCAUCGCUCGAUGGAGGGCUUUCAUCGACCAGUUUGACUUCUUUCCCGAUCACAUUCCCGGGAAGUCGAACCGUUUUGCGGAUGCUCUUUCACGGCGUCCGGAUCAUUGUACCGCGGUCUACUCAACUUUCGAGAUUGAYGACGACCUGCGGAACAGCUUCAUCCGCGGCUACCAAGCCGACCCCGAGUUUCGCGACAAGUACGGGAAUUGCUCCUCGCCUAAUCCGUCUCCUUCUCACUACCGGAUCAAGGAGGGGUACUUGCUUGUCCACACGCGGGGGAAGGACCUUCUUUGCGUACCAAGUGAUCCUCACUUGCGUACACGGCUUCUUGGCGAGUUCCACGAUGCUCCCGCCACUGGACACUUCGGGGUCAAUCGCACGAUUGGCCGACUUCGCCAGCGAUUUUGGUGGCCUGGCCUUCUCAGCGACGUCACGCGCUAUUGCGAGUCUUGCGAGGUUUGCCGACGCUGCAAAUCCCGCAACCAUCGUCCGUACGGCGAGCUACGACCAUUGCCGGUCCCGUUGAGGCGAAGCGAAGCGAUUGCCAUGGACAUUACCGGUCCGUUCCCCAAGCACAAGACCGGAGUGGAUGGGAUUCUCACGGUGGUCGACCGACUCACCAAGUUCGCCAUGUUUUUGCCUUGUCGCUAUCAUGCCAAGGCACCGGAGUUGGCCGAGGUUCUGUACGCCGGUUGGAUUCGCACCAAGGGUUACCCCAAGGAGAUCGUCUGCGACCGCGACACUCGGUUCAUGUCCGAUUUUUGGUUGGCGCUCAUCAAACGAUGGGGCUCAUCUCUCAAGCCCAGUUCAGCUCGCCACCCUCAGACCGAUGGCCAGACGGAGAGGGCGCAUCAGACCGCACAGGUUCUCCUUCGCACUCUCAUCCGCCCCGAUGAGAAAGACUGGGUUGAGCGACUGCCGGAUGUCGAGUUGGCCUACAACUCUUCCAUCCACCCGGCUAUUGGGAUAUCGCCCUCCUAGUUCGAGCACGGCUCGCCGGUCACGUCACCGUUGGACACUAUCACUCCACGCACG